CCUACCACAAGACAACUGUGAAUGCAGCAGGGCAAGCAGACGCGGUGGAUGCAAUCUAUUGGCUUCUCAACGCUGCCGCUAAAGUCACAACCCUGACUGUAACCCGCACUGCCUCUACCAGUUUAUUUCUAUAGCUGCUGCCGCCGCCGCUGCUGCUGCUGCUGCUAAUCUCCCCCCCCCCCCCCUUAAAUGGUGUGGGCAGAGUGGGAUGGAAGACUGCAUUGGAAACCUUUUCAUGGAAAUGGUCUUUGCUGUUGGUAUUGCUUUAGCACCAUUCUGGUGACAACAACAUGCCGUUGAAAUGGAAAAGCGGUUCUCCUGUCAGCUGGAAAUUCCCAGUACCAGUUCUUAAGACAUCCAGGUCCUCACCCCUUUCACCUGCAUACAUCCACCAACACUCCUUUGUGGUUUGGACAACCCACUCUCUCCUCGCUGCCUGUCCGACUUACCACCUGACGGGAUCCCUCGUGGAGGACGACGACGCUCACAUGAAAGUUGCUCUGGGCUAUGGUGAUAUGGGCGUCCCUGCUCACCUUCAGGCAUCAAAGACUGGAAACACGCGGUUCUUCACAAGUAACACACACAGCUCAGUUGUUCUUCAGGGAUUUGACCAGCUGAGGAUAGAAGGUUUGCUAUGCGAUGUCACGCUGGUGGCUGGUGAUGGCGAUGAAGCUUUCCCUGUACACCGCGCCAUGAUGGCCUCCUCCUCCGACUAUUUCAAAGCCAUGUUCACAGGUGGAAUGAAAGAACAAGAUUUAAUGUGCAUCAAGCUUCACGGGGUCAACCGAAUAGGCCUGAAGAAGAUCAUCGACUUUAUCUACACAGCCAAGUUGUCACUCAACAUGGAGAACCUGCAAGACACACUCGAGGCAGCCAGUUUCUUACAAAUUCUUCCUGUGCUGGACUUCUGCAAGGUCUUUCUUAUAUCUGGGGUUUCUCUAGACAACUGUGUAGAAGUGGGCCGCAUUGCCAACGCAUACAACCUCACAGAGGUGGACAAAUACGUCAAUAACUUCAUCUUGAAGAACUUCCCCUCACUGCUGGGCACAGGAGAGUUUGUGAAGCUGCCGUUUGACCGACUAGCUUUUGUACUGUCCAGUAACAGCUUGAAACACUGCACUGAAUUGGACCUGUUUAAGGCUGCCUGCCGCUGGCUGCGCUAUGAAGACAGUCGUAUGGACUUUGCCUCAAAGCUUAUGAAGAACAUCCGCUUUCCCCUAAUGAACCCACAGGAGCUCAUCAAUCACGUGCAGACAGUGGACUUUAUGCGCACGGACAACACCUGUGUCAACCUUCUCCUGGAAGCUAGCAACUACCAAAUGAUGCCCUACAUGCAGCCAGUUAUGCAGUCAGAACGGACAGCCAUCCGCUCGGACAGUGCCCACCUGGUUACCCUGGGUGGUGUUCUGCGCCAGCAGCUAGUUGUGAGUAAAGAGCUGCGUCUGUUUGAUGAGAAGGCUCAUGAGUGGAAGGCACUGGCUCCCAUGGACGCACCCCGCUACCAACAUGGCAUUGCUGUCAUUGGCAACUUUCUCUAUGUGGUGGGGGGCCAAAGCAACUACGACACCAAAGGCAAAACAGCAGUGGACACCGUGUUCCGGUACGACCCCCGCUACAACAAGUGGAUGCAGGUGGCUUGCCUUAAUGAGAAACGUACCUUCUUCCACCUCAGUGCACUCAAGGGACACCUCUAUGCUGUCGGUGGAAGGAAUGCUGCUGGGGAGCUUGCUACUGUGGAGUGCUACAACCCAAGGACAAAUGAAUGGACAUACGUUGCCAAAAUGAAUGAGCCACAUUAUGGCCAUGCUGGGACAGUGUAUGGUGGAUAUAUGUAUAUUUCAGGCGGAAUCACUCAUGACACUUUUCAAAAGGAGCUAAUGUGUUUUGACCCAGAUGCAGAUAAAUGGACUCAGAAAGCCCCCAUGACGACGGUGCGUGGCCUGCACUGCAUGUGCACAGUCGGGGACCGUCUCUACGUGAUCGGGGGCAAUCACUUCCGGGGCACCAGCGACUACGACGACGUGCUCAGCUGUGAAUACUACUCCCCCGCCCUCGACUUGUGGACACCUAUCGCUGCCAUGUUGCGAGGCCAGAGUGACGUUGGCGUUGCCGUAUUUGAGAACAAGAUCUAUGUGGUUGGGGGCUACUCGUGGAACAAUCGCUGCAUGGUGGAAAUAGUGCAGAAGUAUGACCCCGAGAAAGAUGAAUGGCACAAAGUGUUUGACUUACCAGAGUCGCUGGGCGGGAUCCGAGCCUGCACACUCACAGUUUUUCCCCCUGAGGAUCAUUCGGGCUCACCCUCCAGAGAGUCGCCCCUCUCGGCUCCUUGAUGAGUAAAGGGAGGGGGGACCCACUUUGCUCACGCACCCCUAACCUCUCGCCCACCCAACCCCCUCAACAAACACACCUUAUAGACAUUGUUUGCACUUCCUCUUUGGACUACAUCUGUACUGCAUCCCCAAGUACCUCCCACUCCCCUCCAGCUGUGCAGAAACCCCUCCCGAAGCGGUUAAAACCUACAUACCGACGCGAUUUGGCAACCUAAUUACAUGUUAAUGGUGCAUACCCGGUAUGUUUUGGCAGGAAAUACCUUGACUUGAAAAGUGACUUUGCAAAUCAACUUUUCUACCUGAUGUCUACAACGUUUUCUUAGGUCUCGUUCUGUAGGCGUUCUACCCUGAGAUGCUGACUUACCACACUGACUGUCUCUUCUAGUCUAUGCCAGGUUAGCUGCAGGUGACCCCAGGGAGCAGGAGCUUAGGGACCGAUGAGCUCCACAACACAAGCUGGUUUUUAACUCAGGGGUUGGCCCAGGCCCCAUCGACGUCUCUCACUCUCGCUCUCUCUGUCUCUCUUACAGUUUCAGUUCUUUCCUGCGGUCGCUAUGAAACUGUUAACAAAAUGGUGUUUUCUAAAUUUAAUAAACAUGGUUUUAAAAGUAAGAAAA